AUGGCGGCUCCGCUCCCCGCAGAGACGCGCAAGAAACGUCCGAGGCUCAGCUCCGUCAGAGCUGCUGUCCACCGCAUAUCCUUAGCGUCCUGCAUCAGCGCUGUCUCUGACUUCUACUGUCCACCCACAGCGAGUUACUUGCUCUCCAAGUGGAAACCUCUGUCGCGAGCCCCGGGCCGACCUAGCAGACUCUCAUCCCUCCUUCGCAUCCUCGUCGGUCCCCACGCUACUCGGCGUACACAGAACCGUAUUUGGGAUAUUCGACACGAGGUCCUCCCCGCGCUUCGACACCGAGCCCAAUCGCGCAUUUAUCGCGCUAUCGUCCAGCGGCAGGCGCGACUUGCGGCACGCAGACGCAGACUCGGCCGGGGCUUCGUCGCGUCUCUUUUUGGGUCGAGACGACUGCUCCUACGGAGUGGGAGGGCCGAUACAGCUACACCGGGCAGUCCGUUCACAAGACGUGCUAGGACGAUUCGAGACGGACCCCGGGACGGGGCGAAGGAUGCUGUGACAGACUCGAUGGCAUCAACAUGGGGAACGGGUGGCGGGGACGGUGCUACCCAGAGCAGUCGGCGCAAGAAGGCAUAUGAGUGGAUCAAGGCUGCGAACGAAGUUGGCCAGUCGUAUGCAUCGCGAUGGGCCAGCCAGCGGGGUGGGCCUCCGGAGGAUUAUUACAAUACACCCGGUGCGUUUCCAGAUGUGGAGAUUGCACGAUCAGGCGAUGAGGAGAUGGUACUUUUCCCCAGCUACGCAAGAAGAUUGGAUCCCAAGAAGAAGAGCGAGACUGCUGCACCACGAAGACGCGAUUCGUUGUCGGAGACCAUCGAUGAAUACCGUGGCAUAUCGGACGAGAGCAAUCCUACCGGGGACAGCCAGGAGGAUCCCUAUCUUGAAAAUGCGGUUGUCGACGUCGACGUGCGUGGCUGGAUCUAUGCGCCUAGUCGGGGUCCAAUGAGUCGCAAGCAUCGUCUGAUGAUCAAGCUGGCCAGAACGCUGAGCGGAAUCCCAGCUCCUUCCGGUGCACCAACCGAUGAGAGCUCUGAUCGAGUGCCCAGUAAGGGCGAGGAUGAGCUCGUGGAUAGACGAAUGCAGACCCUUGUGGACACCGCAGAGAAAGAUGCAGAUCAAGCCUGGAAAAGCUCGAAUACCGACCGGACAAGGCCAAGCACAGGCGCAGGCACGGCCAUAGGCCAAGCUGUGGCCAUGACAAAAGAUGAGAUUUCCAUGGCCAAUGCCCACCUGAUGGAGCGACUGCGUCCGUUCCUGACGAACCCCAUGGCUGGUAUGCCGGUGACGGUGUUCUUUUUCAACGAUGAACAGAGCGAGUCCCGGAACCUUCUAACGGAUGAGUCGGGGCAUUUCAAGCUUCGCGCCGCUAUGCCCUUUGUCCCAACUCAUAUUCGAGUUCUCGCGUCAGAGGAUCUGUCUGCAGCGAAGCCGAUCGAUAUCAUCGAGCCGGUGGGCAUCAGUUUGAUCAGUGACAUUGACGAUACAGUCAAACACUCCGCCAUUGCCAGCGGCGCAAAAGAGAUGUUCCGAAACACAUUCGUCCGUGAGCUGGCUGAGCUGACUGUUGAUGGCGUCAGCGAGUGGUAUACGCAGGUGGCUAAGAAAGGCGUGGAGAUCCAUUAUGUCUCCAAUGCGCCAUGGCAAUUAUAUCCCCUUUUGGAGAGGUACUUCAAGCUGGUUGGCCUGCCACCAGGGUCUUUCCAUUUGAAGCAGUACUCGGGCAUGCUGCAAGGCAUCUUCGAGCCGACUGCAGAGCGCAAACGAGGCUCCUUGGAGCAGAUUAUGCGUGACUUCCCGGAGCGCAAAUUCAUCCUCGUUGGUGAUAGCGGCGAGGCAGAUCUCGAGGUCUACACUGAUAUCGUGCUUGCCAACCCUGGUCGCAUUCUGGGCAUUUUCAUUCGAGACGUUACCACACCAGACAAGAAGCCAUUCUUUGAUCAAUCCGUGGGCCGCCUGGAACCGGAGCCAGUUCGCAGUCGCAGUACUCCACAGCUUGUAGACCAUUCGGACUCUGUUGUCAACCGACCGACACUCCCGCCACGUCGGCCACUGGCGCCUCCCCCGGGCGUUGAAUUGAAGCGCUCCUACAGUGAGGAUUUGAUUGACCUCAGCGAUGAUGAUCCGAAGGAGAAAGACUCAUCGCCUCAGGUCCCUACUACGACGAAGCCACGGCUGCCUCCUAGCAAGCCGGUGAAGCCAUCUUCGCUCAGAACGGCGUCUGGGGUCGGUGAUGUUCCUGAUUUGGCAACAACCAAUGAGAAGUCGUUCUCUCAAGAGACCAUUCGCCGCAAGCCAGUCCCUCCACUGCCACCUCGACGUCUCUCGGCCAAGACGGAUUCGCUUAUCGACCUGAACACGUCUCCAUCAAUCUCUCGCUCUCGCACAGAACCAUUCACAAACGAAGGUAACCAGGACCUGCCUUCUAGAACUAAAGCACCGCCUCCUGUCCCCCCUCCACGACGGUCCAACACUGCCUCGUCAACCACCGGCUCCGGAUCCAGCGGGACAUCAACACCGCGACACGCAGCACCGGCCACGAAACAAUCGUACCCUGCUGCCGCAGGAGCCGCCGCCCAAACAGCCCUCAGCUACGCCACUGAACGCCUCAACUUUUCUGCCUCCCCGGCGCAGAACCUCCGCACCUCUGCAUCAAACCAGUCCCUCGGCCGCACAUCUACGAGCAGCUACGGCGCUGCCGAACCCCUCCCGAACAAGCGAGAAGAACUCUGGCGCCGCCGGUGGGAACGGGCCAGUGAUAUUCUCGAGCAGAAGGGCGUUGUCCUGGGUAGUUGGCGUAUUGGAUCUGAUGCACAACCUGUCUGUUUGUGGUUGGUCGAGGAGGCGAUGGAGAAGAUUCAGGUGAAUCAGGCGCAGGUUGGUGCUGGACGCCGGCCAUAG